AUGAAAGCAUUCCGAUUCCACGGAGCCGACGCGGGUCUCCGUCUCGAGAUUGUCCCGGUCCCCACUCCCGGCCCCGGCCACGCUCUCAUCCAAGUCAAAGCGGCCGGUCUCUGCCACUCAGACACACACGUCCUCCACGGGGGCGGUGCAGCGUGGAUGUGCGCACUUCCAGUCACUUUAGGUCACGAAGUCGCUGGUGUGAUCACCUCCUUUGGUGACGACCCCCCGCCGUCUUCACACUUCAAGGUUGGCGACCGCGUCGCCGUCGCCUGCGUCGGUCACCCCAUUGACGAGCGCAACUUCCAAGAAGCUCUCGGCGUCGGUUGUGAUGGCGGCUACGCCGAGUACGCUGUUGCACCGCUCAAGAAUCUUGUCAAGAUCCCCGAUACUGUCGACUUCGCUUCAGCCGCGGUCGCCACGGACUCUAUUGCAACGGCCUACCACGCUGUCGUCACAGAAGGCGCUGUGAAUGACCGUUCAACGGUCGCUGUCAUCGGUCUAGGAGGCCUGGGGCUGAACGGAGUUGCCAUAGCCGCUUUAAGAGGUGCCAGGGUCUUUGGUGUUGACAUCAACACGUCGAAAUUCGAUCAAGCUCGGUCGCUCGGCGCGGUUGAUUGCUCCACCAGUCUUGCGCAGUUCUCCAAAGAGAAGUUUGACGUCAUCUUGGAUUAUGCCGGCGCUCAAGCAACUGUUGAGGCGGCUGUAUCUACAGUGAGACCUGGUGGAUGCGUUGUGCUGGUGGGUCUGGCGUCCGAGAAGAUUCAAAUCACAACAACGGCGAUUGUAACGCAGAACAUUUCGCUCAAGGGUUCUACAAGCGCAAGCAUACCAGAGUUCCGGGAGGUGCUUGAUUUGCUGGCUUCUGGAAGAUUGAAACCUCAUGUGGAGGAGCUCCCAUUUGAGGAUGUUCCUAAGGGAUUGGAAAUGCUGGGCAAUGGUCAAGUUAGUGGUCGGCUGUACACCGUACCGAAGCCCGCUGGCGAUGAUCUUGAUAGUUAG